AAGAUGAUCUCAUCGUCAGACCGCAUGGGUCUUUCUAUAUAUACCAAACCCAUGGUAAUCAAUUAAAAAACAAUACAUUAAUAUCUUAGGGACACACCUAAGACCACGGUGCUGUGUUUUCGGCCUGAUCUUUUUGGCCAAAUUUGCGCAGUGUUCCAAAACGAAACUUAAACAUGUGAAACUGAUGUCGAUGCUUGAUGGCGCGCUGCUGCUGUUGAUGGCGAUGUUGAUGCUGAUUACGAUGCUAAGUGGCUAAAACAGAAAAAGAGAAAAAAAUUGAUCAAUGCGUACGAAGUAAGCCAUAAAAUACUCUAUAGGUUGUAAUAAUUUUAAGAGGAGUGUGUGCACUUGAUGGGGAUCUUACCAAAGAAAACAUAAGGAAUGUGAUGCGUAUCUCUGGGAGCUAUUUUACAAACAUUAUAUACCAGGAGCAAACAAAAUCGCAUUAGCCAAGUACCCCAUCGAGCGUGUAUGGAAAUAUAAGCGGAAUUAAUGAGCUAAGAGACGGGACAAGAGCGAACAAAAAUUCGGUAAACAAGUUCGCUGCAGGCCGGAGUCGCCGCUCCACGAUGAUGAUGUGUUGUAAUCUUAAAACUACCAGCGCUGUGCAGCCGCGAAAUCAGUCUCAACUCGGACUACACAAUGACAAGUGUUGGACGCGCAACGUGGAUCUGUCUCUGCCUGGUGGUGCUGCUUGGUGGCCGCCCCAUCAAGGCUCGAAACUCACAAAGCCUGCACGUGCGUCUCUCGCAUGGAGGCUGGCUGAUCGGUCGCCACCUGACCACCCACAACGGGCGUCCCAUGCGGGCCUUUAUGGGCGUGCCAUAUGCGGAGCCACCGCUGGGCGGGCUUCGCUUCCGUCCCCCGGUGCCGGCGUCCACUUGGCAGGGCGAGCGUCUUGCCGUGAAGGAUGCACCGAUCUGCCUGCAGCGAGAUCCUUUCCGUCGCGACACCAUCAUCGAGGGCAGCGAGGACUGUCUGUAUCUAAAUGUCUAUACGCCGGGCACGAAACCGCGCUUCAAUGGCUCGCUGCCGGUGAUGGUGUGGUUCCACGGUGGCGGCUGGCAAUGUGGCUCCGGCAUCAGUAGCUUCUAUGGCCCGGACUUCCUGUUGGACCACGACGUUGUCCUCGUUUCGGCAAACUUUCGCCUGGGGCCGCUUGGUUUCCUCAGCACUGAGACCCUGGAUUGUCCCGGCAAUAAUGGACUCAAGGAUCAGGUGGAAGUGCUGCGCUGGGUGCGUGCAAACAUCGAAUCCUUUGGCGGCGAUCCCGGCAGUGUCACCGUCUUUGGGGAAAGUGCCGGCGGUGCGAGUGUCACCUAUCACAUGCUGUCGCCCAAGUCACGCGGUCUCCUGCAUCGCGGCAUUGCACAGUCGGGCACCUACUUCAAUCCCUGGGCUCAGCCCGCCCACAAAGGUGUGGCAGCGGGAAGGGCCGAGAAGCUGGCCAAACUGGUUGGUUGCGGUGGUGGCUCCUCGUGGGAGGAGAAGUUGAAAUGCUUGCGGCAAAAGCCAGCCGAUGACAUUGUGGCCUCCUUGUACGACAUGUUUAUCUGGGACUUUGACCCGAUGAUACCUUUCCCGCCAGUCAUUGAGCCGGAGCAUGAAGGCGCUUUCCUGACGGUGCCACCGCGUCAGGCCCCGCAGCCGCAUGGCCUGGAGCUGCCCCUGAUGAUAGGCGCCACAGCGGAGGAGGGACUCCUCAAGACGGCCGCCUUGCUCAAUCUCCCCCAGCUGAUGGCUGAGUUUAAGUCGCAGUUUGAUCAGGUGCUGCCUGUAGUCCUGAAUUACGAUCACCACGAAAAAGGGGUGCAACGGCAGAUAACGCAACGCAUCGAGAGCUUCUACUUUAAACAGGGUCACGACUAUAGCAAGGCUAAUCACCAGAAUUUGACCGAUCUUAUCUCGGAUGGCUGGUUUGUGGCCGGCAUCGACGAGUAUAUGAAGCUUCGCCUGAACCAGAAGGAGGACACCGUCGUGGCUCCCACAUAUGUUUACCUUUUCGAUCACAAGGGCGCCGCCAGCUUCUCGGAGAUUUUCAAGGGGGAGCGGAACGAAUUCUAUGGCGCCUGCCAUGCCGAAGAGCUGCAAUAUCUGUUUCCCAUCGGCCGAGAACUGUUUGUUAGUGCAGUGCCAACGCGGCAGGACCUGCAACUGCGCCAACUGAUGCUCCAACUCUGGGUCAGCUUCGCACGCACCGGCAAUCCAAAUCCAACAAAUACAAGCUUCAUUUUGCCCACCUGGCGUCCGGCGUACAGUUAUCCGGUGGAGUACGCUCGCCUUGGCACCAAAAUCGACGCGGACGACGAAGACGAGGCGACGCCACUUUUCCGCAUAGAAAGUGAAUUAAUGCAGCAGCGCGUUGAUUUUUGGAGCGAACUGCAAGCACAUCUGCCUGCCGCCAGUCACGCACACAUCGAGCUCUAGCCCAAUGAAUCUAUUUUAAUGUAUUUCUUGUAUAGUUUUCCUUUAAUACAUUGAUGC